CUUCAUUAGUUUGACAUUAAUUAAGAAAAUCUCAACAAAUUAUCAUCAAUUGUCUCAAAGAGAGUGUAUGAAUUGAUUGGACUCAAUGGCUACCAAAGCUGAUCCCAAGAAAGACGAGUCGGUGACCACUUCUGACAAGAGAGAGGCGUCUCCUCCGAAACCAUUGGAUCCGUUGGAUGAACAGCGCAGAAGAGCACGAUUUGGAUCACUGUUUUGUGUGGUAUUCAUCGCCGUCUUGUCGUUCAUUAUUCUGGACGACAAGUAUCUGAAUCUGAAUAUCGGCGGCAACUCAUCGGCGGUUCAGAUAUCGUCGUAUUGGCAUAAACUGGAGUUCGUCCUCUGCUACCAGUCGAUCGGCAUUUCUUGGAUCCUCUUCAACAUGAUUCUCGUCAUCUCAAAGCGAAUGCAAACAAAAGUCGUGGACCCGAUUGACGCGAAGAACGAGAGGGCAGUGUUGGUGGCGUCGGCUAUAAUGCAGAACUCGAUCGAGCAGUUCCUGCUGUCGGCCUUCGCGCAGAUCAUAUCCAUCAGUUUCAUCGACAAAAGUCUUCUCAUAAAAGUGAUUCCUCUGAUCAACAUAUUGUUCAUCACCGGAAGAGUGGCCUUCUGGUGGGGUUACCCCAAGAACCGCACCUUCGGCUUCAUGUGCUCCGCCAUCCCCAACACUCUCCUCAUUAACUAUAAUCUCCUGAAAUUCAUUCAAAGCCUCUUCUUCUAA